CAGAAGACUCUCUCUCCUGGGAGACCCUAGGACCCGCAGGCCUUCCGCUGCCUACCCUCCACUGCGUCUCCUCCCCUCUGAGGAUGGCGAUCCUGCUUCUCAUCUCCUUGGUCAGCUGUCUCGUUGCUGUGAAUCAAGCCAGCCUCAUCAACCGAUGUGACUUGGCCAAGGUGCUGCACCAGGAAGACUUGGAUGGCUUUGAGGGCUACUCCCUGAGUGACUGGCUGUGCCUGGCUUUCGUGGAAAGUGACUUCAACAUAACAAAGGUAAAUGAAAAUACAGAUGGCAGCUUUGACUACGGCAUCUUCCAGAUCAACAGCCACUACUGGUGCAACGAUUACAAGAGUCACACGGAAAACAUUUGCCAAGUGGACUGUCAAGAACUGCUGAGCUCCAGUCUUCUUUCAAUCAUCAACUGUGCGAAAAAGAUUGUGUCCGGAGCAGGGGGGUUGAAGAACUGGGUAAAAUGGAGGUUGCACUGUGAAGGCCGGCCACUCUCCUACUGGAUGACAGGAUGCCACCUGGCAUGAGACAGGGAGCAGACCUGUGGUGGAGUCAUUCCAGAACUCCUCUCCUCACUUGAGAAUUCUUCAUUUCUUCUUCCUCUUGCCUCCACUUCAAGUUAUUUUCUUCCUUUCCCAUUUGCAAAUAAAACUGACCAGAGUCCCAGGAAUAAAUGGUUUUCUAGGGCUUCCUCCUUGUUCCUAUCCAGGCCCAGGCCCCUGGUUCCUGACUGUCAUUUGCAAACCAAGAAGACCACGAUGAAGUUUCUAUAUUUUUGGAAUUAUUAAAGCAUUCCUGUGCAAA